AAAGUGACAAAUUAAUUAGAAAAUAUCAAAUUUGAAUGAAGCAUGAUACUACUAGUGAUAAUGGUGAAUAAUAGAUCAGUUUUAUAUUCACUGCAAAAUAGAUUAACUCAACUUAACCUAAUCCAUUUAUUUGAAAAUAUUUAUUAAAACAACAACAUUUUUAGAUGAACAGAUUAACGAUCACUCUUUGCUGGAACUGAAUGAAUCGCACCUAACCAGUAUGGGAAUCACAAGACAUGGUCCGCGUCUGAUAAUCCUUGGUGUUAUUCAGAGAAAGAAAAAACAGAUUGAACUUGCAAACAGGCCAUCCACUUCCACAGGGUUUGCUCCUUCGAAUGCUUCUAAACUCUCGGUUCGUGAACUACUUCAAUCUGACAAACUUUUCGCGCAGAAGAUACUUUAUCGUCAGCUCGGUCGACAGCAGGUUCCUGAAAGAGAAUGGUGUCGUCCAUGGUACGACACGAUUCUCGAGGAAAAAAGAUACCCGUCAGUUCAAGAAAAGAAAGACUUAGCUUUGAUGAUUUUACAUGCCUUUCCACAUUUGAAAACAACUGCGGUUGAAGGUGGAAGCAAAGAGGUAUGUGGAUAUUAUCUAAAAUAA